UCUCUGUGCUUUAUAGAUGCAUAUAAUCCCUGAGUUGACCCAGAAAACAAACUCCUCUGACUGCCGAGACGCCGCAGAGUUUUUGAAUCCGCCGCAGGGCUGCAUGUAGCCGGAGCAUCAGCUGGAGAAACAACCCCGGCACUGAUCCAACUUCUCCGUACGGAUACCACCAUUUAAUACAAUCGGGGGGUGACAGAGCAGCCAUGGCUGAACACAUGAUGAUGCCCAUGACCCACGGCUUCAGGAUGGGCAUGAACGGACCUCCACAACACAACGGCCAGCCAGGCCUGCGCAGUAUGCCCAACGGCCAGGUGAUGCACUAUGGCAGGAACCCUCAGAACAGCAUGGAAGCUGCCAUGAGACAGCGGCCGGGCAUGGUGGGACCUGGAGGGAUGGCCGGACCAGUGAACGGAGCUCCCAUGGCUAACCACCAUCACCAGAUGAUGUCUGGGAACAUGAUGUACAAUGGCCAGGCCCCGCAGCAGCAGCAGCACCACCACAUGCACCCCCAGCAGCAGCAGCAGCAGCAGCAGCAGCAGCAGCAGCAGGGACACCCUCAGCAGUACCUCCCUGGUAACCUCACAUCUCAGCAGCUCAUGGCCAGCAUGCACCUGCAAAAACUCAACACUCAGUACCACGGACACCCGUUGAGCUCAGCCAAUGGUCACCACCAUCCCAAUGGUGCUCAGUACCGGGUUGGUCCGGCCCAGCUAUCAGGCAUGCAGCACAUCGGUGGCCCUUUGGGGCUAAAUGGCAUGGACAUGGAUCUGAUCGACGAGGAGGUUCUGACUUCACUCGUGCUGGAGUUUGGGUUGGAUCGCGUUCAGGAGCUGCCCGAGCUCUUCCUGGGACAGAAUGAGUUUGACUUCAUAUCGGACUUUGUGUGCAAACAGCAGCCGAGCACGGUGAGCUGUUGAGCGGAAGCGGCCUGGAAACUGGUUUGGUUUGUAUGGACUGGACACCCCAAAGAAUGACUGAGCGGUCACAGUAGCACAGCGAGAGGAGACAAUCUCUCUGUUCAGUUUGGGUGUUUCUGUGUCUGUGUAUUUGACAGUGUCUAGUACGCCCUCACACUGACCUGCCUGCGAAUUGAAUGAAGAAUUGUAUUGAGAGAAAACGCAGCAAAGCACCAGGUCUCUCUUCCUUGAGCCGGUUCCAAUAAUAUCUGUCCUCUUUGGCCAAAUUGAGGCAUCCUGAUGCAGUGGGCUCUGUCUGUACCCAUCUGGCCCUCAGCACAUGUGCCUGCAGUGCCAAGGCUUUGGGAUAAUUGUAAACUUAACACAACGAGGGAACGCCUGAAAAGACUAUCCAUCUGGGUCUGCUAGAUUCUGUGGCAUCUCCAAAUGUAUUUUAUCUCCGAUGACACUUUCAAGUAGUAGCAGACGUUUUACAAAUUUAUAUAAGGUAGUCCUCUGAAUUUUGUUUAUACAAGGAUGAAGGGAUUAAGAACAGAUUUUCUUUUUUUUUUCUUCUUCUGGCAAUUUGCGUGCAUAUUGAAGGCUGGAUCUUCAAAAACCGAGUUCCUACAAAAUAUUACACAUUUCCUCGAAGAGCAGGAGAGUGAGGAUGUGCAGCAUUCCUGGGUGGCGUGAUGGGGUUUAUCUUGAAUUGGUCAGGUGAAAUGUGUUACACUGAUUUUCUUUUUGGAUUUUUUUUUUUUAAAGCUUUGCGUGUCAUUUACCUGACUUUGAUAAAAAAAACAAAAAAAUCUGCAAUCAUUAAAUGUAUCGCAUCUGUUCCCUUGCUAAUUGACUGUGAUUGAACCAUUGGCAAAGUAGCGCAUUGCUUAGAAUGUUGGCUUAAACAAAGCAUUUAUGUGUAGAAGAUGUCUCGGGAGGCCUCUCGGGCUCUUGAUUCAGACAUUUAGCUGCUCAAUGUAAGCAAAUCUUGGGUUACCGCUUAGUAGAAUUUCAAGAAUUGUUAAGGAAGGAAGAAACCUGUUCGUAUGUGAGAAACACCAUCACCGUGGCGUGUUGCAACACCCAAGAAAAGCCGAACAACAACAACAACGAAAAAAAGCAGCCGUCAGAGGGUGAAGGUGUUGGUCUAAGGUGAAAAGAAAGAAGAAGAAAAAAAAGUGUGUGAUUGCAGAAUUUGCAUCUGUGUGUUAUUUGUGUACAUCUGUGUGUGGCCAGUGCAGUGAGGCAUUUAAAAAACCCCAUCGAAUGGCGUCCUCCUCCCUAAAACCAUUGCCCAGUCUUGCUGAAGGUGAUUGGAAGCUGCACCGGAGGAGGGUGGUGUGAGAGAGAGAGAGAGAUCUUGAUGUGUGGACACAAUGUGUGGACACAGCACUCCCCGGCAGCACUUAAGUUUAAUCAUUAUUUAAAGCUGCAGCUACCUGUGGCAUUGAUUUCAUUCGUCAGGAGGCGUGAGCGAAGAGCACAAAGUGUGCAAAGUUGUUGUUUUUGCCAUAGAUUAGCUUACACUGCUGCUUUUCUACUGAUUAGAUUUAAAUUACAUGUUCUCACACGCUUGUCUUAAUUGAGGUCGGCUUGCACAUUCUCCAAUGUCUCAAUAAUUAUAAAACGGACAUGUUCUGUUGGGCUUUUUCUUUUUUUUUUUUUCCUGCGCAGUUGGUAAUUAGGUUUUUGUCAAGGUUGCUGCAGUUUGCCGCCGCUGGCCGGUUGAGGGAGAACUUCCUGCACUCGUAAGGCUAUUUGUAGAGCUGUCAGAGGGGUCAGGGCUGCGCUGCUGCACUGUGUUAAUCUGUUCCAAUGCAACUGAGCUGCUGUCCCUGUCUCUCUGGAGAUCUGCCAUCUCUACGCUCUCGAGUCAAACAAUGGGCAUUGAAACACUGUCAUAGAGGCAGAAAAUCGCCAGAGAGUUCCUGCUCUGUUUCACUUCCUGCCCUGGCAAACUGCAGCAAGGCAAACUCAUAACCUCACAGUUAAAAUGGAAAUUCUUCUGGCCUUAGCGAGACAGUGGCCUCUGAUUACUGCUAUAUCAAUAAGCGCAGCCUUCUUGUGUAUCGUAUCUUUGUACUGUAGACUAGAGGUGAAGUUGAUCUAGACACAUUUAAGGUACUAAAAUGUCAAGAUGUAAAUGUAAAUCAGUGGCUGAUUUUGAUGUGUUGACAAAAGAUUAUAACCUACAUUUUUACAACAAGUGUGUAGAUACAGUAUGGGUGUACCAAUGGGUUUUUUUUUUGUUUUUUUGUUUGGGUGCCGGGCCUGAAGCUUUAAGACCAAGUAGACUGCAUGUUAAAGCAAGCGUGAGGGAUGAUACCACUUUCCCACAAAGCAGCUGAGAAUGUACAGUCCAACACAUUGUGGGAACUUGUCUUAAGAUGGUAGAUAAACAUGUGAGAUUGUACUCCUUGUUCCAAAAUUACACAUCAUUCAUUUGGGUAACCCCCCACCC